CUGGGGGAAGGCGCACGGGAAGCUGGCGUUUGAUGGGGACAGAGCUUCGGUUUGGGAAGAGGAAAAAUGCUCUCGAGGGGAUGGUGGUGAUGGUCGCCCAAUGACUGGGCUUGUGGGCACCCAGACCACUAAGAGUCAGCUUCUCACCUGUGACAGGUCGCUGAGGGGAAGAGCAGAAGGGCUGGACCAUCCUGGAGACACCAAACAUCAUCCACACCAGGUGCUCAUUGGUUGGCAGGCUGACCUUUGACACAUGGGGUCUGGAAGGCACGCCCACAGCCCUGGCCACACAGCUGCUGGCUUUGGACUCAGUUGAGAAGAACGAUUUGGUUAACACACAGGCGACAGUACAAUGUCGAUCUCUGAUCGCCUUCCCGAUUACCCGGUCAACUCAGAUUUCGUAAGGAAAUUAAAGUCAGCCCUGGAAGGCAAGGAUGAGGCGAGACUGAGGGACUUGAUCUGCGCUGACGUUCGGCACGUGGACGCCGUGAUAGAACUGGCCAACGACGACUGGAUGAAGGACCCCUCCGCCCCGCUGCCCCCCGGGGUGCUCGUAGGAGACCUGGAGCAUCUGAAGCCCCUCAUGGACAAGUUCUUCCAGGAUGCCAACGUGGUGUUUGAGAUCAAGAAGGACGAGAUGGUGUGGCAGGUGAAAUCCCCGGCCACGUUUGGCCUGUCAGGCCUGUGGACCCUGGAGUACCAGCGCGAGCUCACCACGCCCCUGUGCAUCGCCGCGGCCCAGGGCCACACAGCCUGCGUGCGCCACCUGCUCGGCCGCGGCGCCGACCCCGACGCCAGCCCCGGCGGCCGCGGCGCCCUGCACGAGGCCUGCCUGGGGGGCCACACGGCCUGCGCCCGGCUGCUGCUGCAGCACCGCGCCGACCCCGACCUGCUCAGCGCCGAGGGCCUGGCGCCCCUACACCUCUGCCGCACGGCCGCCUCGCUCGGGUGCGCGCAGGCGCUGCUGGAACACGGUGCCUCAGUGCGACUGGAGGGCGGCGCCGGCCGGGACACGCCCCUGCACGUGGCUGCGCAGCGCUGCCUGGACGAGCACGCGCGCCUCUACCUGAACUACGGGGCACACGUGGACGCCAGGAACGGCCGCGGUGAGACGGCCCUGAGCGCGGCGUGUGGCGCGGCCCUGCGGCCCGACGAGCACGCGCGCUGCCUUCGCGCCGCCCUGGACUACGGGGGCGCGUCGCCGCUGGCCCGCGUGCUGCAGACAGCCGCCUGCGCGCCCGAGGCCGAGCCGCAGCUCACGGUGCAGGAGCUGCUCAACCACGGCUCCCCCACCGUGUGGCCCGACGCCUUCCCCAAGGUGCUGAAGAGCUGCGCCGCGGUCCCUGCGGUCAUCGAGGUUCUUUUCAACUCCUACCCUCAGCUCCGCGUCUCUGAGUCCUGGAAGGAGGUGAUCCCCGAAGAAGUGUUUCAGAUGCACCAGGCUUUCUACUGGUCCCUCUUCGCCUUGGCGCACACGCCCCGCUGUCUGCAGCAUCUCUGCCGCUGCACCAUCCGGAAAUCGUUUGGCAGAAAGUGCUUUUCCCUCGUGCCUCUGUUGCCCUUGCCGGAGACCCUGCAAAACUACCUGCUUCUGGAGCCAGAAGGGGUUCUGCACUGAAACCCAGCAUGUGGCCCAGGACACGGUGCUCUUCUGACGGGCCUUGGAUGGGACCUCCCACCCACCCAGUGCACAGACCUCACCCCGCCUCAGGCUCACCUGGGCGUGGAGUUGGUAAUAAAAGCCCUUUCUCCCUCUCUCAGG